AUGGACUAUAUGGGAUCUACUGCAACGGCCCAAUAUACACAUAUGGGUCAUCGUCCUCAACAAGGUGCUCAUUUACCAUCAAUAGGCACAUUUGAUUAUCGAACAUCAUCAGCUCCACCUUACUCUGGUUUAUUAACUCGAUCACUUUCUCUUCCAUGGCGUCCAUCAACAUUUUAUCGCUCAGCUCGUGUUGAACCAACACAAUCAUUACAUUCAUCUACAAUGGAACCAAUGAGUUCAUCAAAUUAUCUUAAUAAUAUUGAUAAUGUUAAAGUACCACCAAUAUUUCCAUCAGCACGUCAAGCACUUUAUACACGUUAUACACCAAAAGAUUGGUAUAAUGCUCAAAUGACAAAUUAUUUAGCUUCGGAUAAAAUUCGUUCAGCAGCUGAACGUUUACGUUCCGAUGCUAUACGUUUAGCACGUGAAAAAGAUGAACAAUCAUUUAAAAAUAAUGCUGAAUCAUCCAAACGUUUAGGUGAACGUAUAAAUGAUAUUGAAUAUUGGAAAGGUGAAUUAGAAAAAACAAAAGAUAAAAUGAAACGUAAAAUUGAUGAUGUUGAAUCGAAAAGACGUGAAGUUGAAAGAUUAUUAUCUGAAUCUGAAAAACCAUUACGUAUUGCACAAGAAAACUUAUAUGAACGAGAAAAACGACAAGGUAUUGAUCUUGUACAUGAUAAUGUUGAACGAGAACUUAUUCGAGAAGUUGAUACAAUUAAAUUAUGUCAACAAAAACUUCGACAAAUGCUCGAACGUCUAAAUACACAAAAUGCUCUUAAUCGUGCUUCAUUACAUGAAUUAGAAUGUGAUUCACAAGAUAAAUUUCGUGCUCGAGUACUUGAUUCAGCUGCUCAUAAUAUUAAAACAACAUCACGUGGAAUUAAUUUUUACGAAGGCAUUGAAAAUGUUGAUAAUACAGUAUCAGUACCUGAAACAUGGACACGAUAUACAGAAGAAAAUAUUCGUCGAGCUCUUAGUGAAAUGUCUCAAUCGGAUGAAUUACUUAAUGCUAGUAAUCAACUUAUGGCACAAAGUAAUAAUGACAUGUGGUCUCAAUGGAAUCAUGUUAAUGUAUCACUUGAAAAUCGUGUACAAGAAGGACAAGUGGCUAAAAAUAAAAUUCAAGCUCAUCUUGAAAAGAUUCUUCAAGAAAUCUUUGAUGUUGAACAAAAUAUUGAAUUUUUGAAAAAAACUAUUGCCGAUAAAGAAGCAUUUUUACAAGUUGCUCAAACACGUCUUGAAACACGUACUAGACGACCAAAUGUUGAAGCAUGUCGAGAUCCUGCUAUGCAUAGAUUAAUUCAAGAAGUACAUGAUUUACAUGCAGGUAUUGCUGAUCUUCAUGGUAAAUUAAGACAAGAAGAAAAUGCUGUACAACAUUUAUUACGUACAAAAUCAACAUUAGAACAAGAUUUGGCAAUUAAAAAUAAUUCAUUAUUUAUUGAUUUUGAUAAAGUUAUGGGUAUUAGACGUACAUUUACAAUAAAUGCACCAGAAAAAAGUGCAGUUACUUCUGUUACAUUUUCUCAUCCUCGUGGAUUGAUUACUGCAUGA